AUGGAGGUUGAUGCAGCGGAUAGAAAGGUCCAAGAGGCUGAGGAUGCUGUUGCUGAGCAGCGUCAGGUGGUCGUCAAGGCGGAGCAAGGUGUUAACGACGCGGAGACGCUACUUGACAACGCCGAGUUGUCGCUCAGGAACUAUGAAGACUACAAAAAGCUUCGAGGCGCGCUCGCAGCAUGA